AUGCAUGAACAAAUGUCAGAAACGUUUUCCGACAGCGGUUGUGCUGACGUCACCGCCGGUUCUGAAAGCCGGAUGAAUGCAGAGUCACCUUAUAGAUCCGUGAGCGGUGGGGGUGGUGGAGGAAGUGGUGUGGGUGGUGGUGGUAGUCAGAAAGUGGGAGGAUUCAAUAGUGACAGCUGUAACAGCAAUAACAGAGACAGUAACAUCAGUAACACGUCGGAACCAAGCGGUCAGGGCUCCGAGCUCAACCUUAGUCCUAAUCGAGGUCACAACAACAACAAUCUUUGCCACAAGAACAGUGGAUGCUCAACUUCUCUGGAGUUCAAAGAAGAUUCAGAUGAUGACGACGACGAAGACGAUGCAGACGACGACGAGGUAGGAGAAGAAAAGUCGAAUUUUCAGGAGCUCCAGAACAUGGAGCAUCAUCAUCUGACUCCUCAUCAUUUUCUCGUGAAGGAACACCAGCAGCAGCAGCAACAUCAGCAGCCCCAGUACGCUAUGGCGGUCCACCCACACCCAUCCCACCUUCACCAACGACUGAAAGUCUCUGUGGACACCAACCCUUCCGACCCAUGCCGCUAUAGUCCGGUACCUGACCCCUCCGGUCAGCUCUACGGCCUGCAGUCGGUCAUGAAUCUGUCUAGGUCUUUCCUCGGCCAACCUGACUCUCCUUUUAUCCGAAGAGGUGAUCGCGAACACGCCGUGAAAUCAAGCACUGACAAUAAUAACGACGACAAUAAUAAUAGCGAUAAUAACACCAACAGCAUGACGAAUCCGUCUGAUGACAUCCAAAUGCAUUGUGGGAACAUGUCCUUUGAAGAGCGCGUGGGCCUGAACACGGACCACAUUUAUCCCAACAUGCCUUUGGACUGUUCCUCCGCCGACCAACCGCACCAAAAUGCCUUUCUCCUUCACGCAGACAACCAGCUGGCCAACCAUCACCGUCCCCAUCCUCAUGAGCAACAUGAGCAGCAACAGCAACAACAGCAACAGCACACGCGAGGAAUCCCUCCUGCUCACGGCCUUGUCACAAGAAAUCAAUGGAAGGGAUACACUGCGGUGUUGGGCCGUUUGGAGAAAGUUUAA